AUUGAGUGCCCGGAGUUUGCGCUUCGCUUCCGACUAAACAUAUGAUCACUUCUUCUUAUAAUCCAUACAAACAAUCAAUUCAUUGAACAAUUCAUUCAAUCAUUUCUUCAUUCAUUGUUAUUAUUGUUGAUUAAGUAUUUCUCGCACUUAUUAUUACACUUUCGUUUUUGCACUAAACUAAUAAAAUAUUAAUAAACAUGACUUCUGUGGACACAACUGGAAAGCCCAUCGAUUGUUUGGCGGCCGUCGCGUGGGAGGCAAAGAAACCGCUCACUAUUGAGACGAUAACAGUCGCGCCGCCAAAGAAAGGCGAGGUUAGGAUCAAGAUAUUGGCCACCGGUGUGUGUCAUACGGACGCCUACACCCUGGAUGGUCACGACCCCGAGGGCUUAUUUCCCUGUGUGUUAGGCCAUGAGGGCGGAGGUAUUGUCGAGAGUGCUGGCGAAGGUGUGACUUCUGUCCAACCGGGCGAUCACGUCAUCCCACUGUAUAUCCCAGAGUGCGGUGAAUGUAAGUUCUGUUUGAGCCCUAAGACAAACGUUUGCAGCAAAAUCCGAGUGACUCAGGGACAGGGCGUUAUGCCCGACGGCACGUCUAGGUUCACGUGUAAGGGCCAGACUCUGUACCACUUUAUGGGCACUUCAACCUUCAGCCAAUACACUGUUGUCGCAGAAAUCUCGGUCACCAAAGUUAACGAUAGCGCGCCGUUGGAUAAAGUCUGUCUCUUGGGAUGUGGUAUAUCAACCGGUUUUGGAGCCGCACUGAACACGGCUAACGUGGAAGAGGGCAGUAAUUGUGCGAUUUGGGGUUUGGGUGCCGUCGGUCUCGCCGUUGCCAAUGGGUGUCGAGUGAGAGGCGCCAAACGGAUCAUCGGAAUCGAUAUAAAUGCAGACAAGUUUGAAACGGCUAAGAAGUUUGGUGUCACUGAGUUUGUGAACCCCAAAGACCACAGCCGACCCAUUCAGGAGGUGCUCAUUGAGAUGACCGAUGGAGGACUCGAUUAUACCUUUGAAUGCAUUGGAAAUGUGCAAACCAUGAGAGCCGCACUCGAAGCGUGCCAUAAAGGGUGGGGCACUUCCGUCAUCAUCGGCGUGGCCGCCAGUGGUCAGGAGAUUAGCACUCGACCCUUUCAAUUAGUGACAGGAAGGGUAUGGAAGGGAACGGCAUUCGGCGGAUGGAAGAGCAGACAAAGUGUGCCAAAACUGGUGGAACAAUAUCUGGAUAAGAAGCUAAUGGUCGACGAGUUUGUCACUCACACCAGAAAACUCAAUCAAAUCAACGAAGCCUUCGAACUCAUGCAUUCCGGACAGUCCUUAAGAACUAUUGUCUUCUUUGAAUAAACUAUUGGUUCUUAAUACUAAUAAUCGAUGC